ACGUGAAAAAUAGCGCAUUUCACCUAACGCGUGCAGCUUUCCGGCAAAGGUUAUCAGAGCGGGGCAAUUAUGUUUGGAAGCGCCACAAAACAUAUUUCGUGAGCUGCACUCGAUUAGUUGCCGUUCGAGCUUAGUUGAUAGAGCAUCGCCAGAGACCGCAUGGGACCCCUCCACAUAAUGUUGACUUCGGACUGGGCGAUAGUGUCGAUAUUCUGCGUAAUAUGCUCAUCCGCGUGUGCUGUGCAAGGUUAUCAAGAUACUAAUGGAGAGUGGAUGACAUGUCCGCAAGGUUACGAGUCCGUCAAUGGCCUGUGCUAUAGGAAGAGCUUGUGUCAGGAAGGCUACUUUAUGCACACGGAUGGCAUGUGCUAUUCGUUAAAUCCGAAGCCUUGCCCCUACGCAUCCACACCCUCAACCCCGACCCCGACACCCACAACCCCGAGCCCAGCUGCCCCAAGCUUGUGUCCGCAAGGAUACUUUAUGCAUACGGACGGCAAGUGCUAUUUGAUAAAGCCGGAACCUUGUCCGUACGCACCUACACCUGCCACCCCGAUCCCAGCCCCGAGCUUGUGUCCGCAAGGAUACUUUAUGCAUACGGACGGCAAGUGCUAUUUGAUAAAGCCGGAACCUUGCCCAUAUGCACCCACUCCUACAACCACGACGACGACCACCACGACGACCACAACAACAGAGGAGCCCACCACCACAGAAGAACCCACCACCACAGAAGAACCCACCACAACCGAGGAACCCACCGAGGAGCCCACCACUACCGAGGAGCCGAUCACCACCGAGGAGCCCACCUUUGAACCUCCGCCCGUGCCUCCGCCUGCUGAACAAGCCCGCUGUCCGCCCGACUCGGUAUUCUUUGAGGCACAGUGUCGCAAGAUUAUCUGCUCGCAGGGCGAAUACCAUGCGGGUCGUUGUCUUCUGCCGGCCUGUCCCGUGGGCACAGUUUGGCGCGGCAAACGCUGCCAGCCGCCAGGCUAUCUGACGACCAUACUCGAGAUCGAUAAUGUGAUCAAGAACAAGCAUGAGUAUCAGACGGUGACGGAGAACGUGAAUCAUGUGGAGUACGAGACCAUUAGGCCCUACGAUCCGAACGAGGAUAACAGCUAUGACAGAGCGAAGCCCCCAACGAAAUUAAUUGCCUCCACCUCAACGCCAGCAAGUGUGCCCCUGCGGCCAGCGACGGAUUGUUGCACGGUCAAGAGCCCACGCAUCUGCCGACCCUAUCCUCCAAAAUGGGUGUGCUUCAACCACAGUAAAAAGCUAUGCGAUUCACGGAUUUGCACCAGCCCUGUGAUCUAUCUGAAGCCACCGCGAAUUGUGCAGCUGAACGAUCCGCCGAUGCUGGUGAUGCCGCCGAAUCCACCCAUGACGGGUUGCAUGAAUGCCGAUUGCCAAGAGAGCGAAAUGCUUAACUGCUCGGGAUGUGCCCAGGGUCAGCGAGAGAACUGCUCCGCCGCCUGCUACAAUUACUUCUGUCCGGACAAUAGCUGUGAGUUCAAAAACUCUGAAGACUUUUGUGCACUAUAUCCUGGCGGAUUUGGGUGUAAUAAAAACGACGGAUGCGUCUGGAAAUGGUGUACCAAGAAAUGCCAUUAAUGUUACGGCGAUUUAGUGUAUAAACUAUAUAUUGGAGUGCUCACACGUAUAAUAUAUAUUAUUCCAGAUUGCAAUAUUAA